AUGGACGACAGCCAGGGAAAACGCCAAACUAAACUUCGAAAAAGUAAAGCGAAGCACGCCUCACGGCGAGCUAGACAAGUUCCGGUUGGGUGCGGCCAGAUCCUCGUGCACACAGAUGCAGCCGGUGUCGAUGCGAUGGGGUGUGGUGUGGUGAGGUGGGCCUGGUGGAGCAUGUUAGAUUCUACGUGGGCUUGGGUGGCUAUUCCCAAUAUAUACGUCGAGGUGGAGCCAGCCCCAAGCAGGGAACUGGGGACAGGGGAGGAGAAGCGUAGUACAGGUGGAGAGGAACGGGGGGAGAUGCUUACUGCGACUGGAUGGGAUCUCGUCGACGUUACGCUGCACUGGAGUCUUGAGCGAGGUUACUCUACCAGCCAGUCUGUUCGGUCCAAGAAGAAGAAGAAGAAGAAGACGAAGAGGAAGUAAAUAAAGGACAGACCCCCAUCACCAAAUAGCUACUGGUGGAUCAGCGGGCGGCUGAGCUUGUGAAAGGAGGAGGCACUCAUAA